UUAGGAAAUAUUGUUUAUAAUGAACACUUAAUUGCCGCUGUAAAGUGUAAAAGUUCAAUUCAAUGCUUUUAUUAAUGUUUUUCAAGCUUUUGUUCACUUACUAAUUUCACCACAUAUAACCUUACUAGUAAGUGUCACGUACAAUGACGAGGUAUCUGUUUGGUGUUGUGGCUGUAUGUGUGAUAUCAGUUCUGAUGUACAAGAAUCUCUCUUCAAAUUCCAUCCGGGAACUACCACGAGGGACUGUGAUUCUAAUAUGUGGAGCAAGCAGUGGUAUUGGAGAGGAACUUGCAUACCAGGCAGCUGAAAAGGGAGCUAACUUGGUUCUAGUUGCUCGAUCAGAGGACAAACUUCUCAGAGUCCAAGAGCAGGCUCUCAAAAAAGGAGCAGCAGCAGUUGAGGUUAUCUCUUAUGACUUUUCUGAUGUCACUGGGAGCAGUAUUGUUGUUAACAAAACGGUGGAAAGGUUUGGAAAAUUAGACUACCUAGUUCUGAAUCAUGUUGCUUUUCCAUUAGGACCCUUCUUGGCUGCUAAGUACAUGCAGGAACCUUCAUACAUAGAAAACAUUUUCAGAGUUAACUUCUUCAGUUAUAUUGAGCUAACCCUUACCGCACUACCUUAUUUGGAGAAGAAUCUAGGACAUAUUUUUAUAACUUCAUCAGUUAUGGGCGCGGUUCCGGUCAAUUAUGGUUGGUCAUUAUAUGCCUCUUCUAAACAUGCCCUUAACGGGUUUUUCUAUAGCCUCCAGCAGGAACUGUUAGCUAAGAAAUCCCCGGUAUCAGUGACUAUCGGAGCUCUGAGUCUCAUCUGGACUCCAGACAUGGAGAGCAUUUGGAAAGAUGAGUCUUUGCUGAUUGACGUGGUCGCUGGUACCAUCGAAAAUGCUGCUGAAGGGAUAUUAGACUCGUACUCUUCCAGACCCCGAACGUGGACUUACCCAAGUUUGCUAAUUACUUACAGAUGGCCAUGUGGAAUUAUAAUCCUUGGUACCAGGAAUUGGCGAUCUAUAAUUACAAUACAGACGGAUACGAGGCAAAUGUGGCAAAGUUCCAGCAGAAAGUUAAGAUUACUCAACAAAGACGGUUUAGUACAGGCUAUAACGAUAAUCACCGCCCUUAGUAAUAACUGGAUAAAGUCUGAAAAGAAGAUUACCUGAUAAUAUGACGAUUCAAUGAAGAAAAUGUUAACCACACGACCACACUUAUUUGGAUAUGUGAGUGUGUAUCAAGUUAAUACGCGUAUAAGACGAGGAUAUCGGCGGAUUAACAAGACAAACGGCCGGAAGGAAAGUGGACUGGAAGGAUUGGUAGUUAAGUUGGUACGGAACUUUCCAGAAUGGAAAGUUGGACAAAACACAAAUUCGAAUCUUUGGAAUUAUGUAUCUUUAAGUUUAUUUGAUGUAUGUUUUGUAAUUUGUGUGCUUCGCAUGUUUCAGUACCGAUAUUGAUUUCUUUGAU